ACUUCAUCCGCUUCUAAGGAACGAAUUUGCAGUUCAAUAUACUUUUGCUGUUUUGCAGGAAUGGAAUAUGCUUAUUCAAUCACCGACGACUACAGAUUGGUAUUGUCUCAGCAGCCAAAGAUGGUUGGAGUACAACAUGGGACUUCAGUAUUUUAGCCACUAAAGAUGUCAACAUCCAGCAAGUCCGGGGGGCGUACACCACUCGGAAACAUAACCAACACUACCGGUACAAAUAAGGUUGGCAAUAGCAAUGUUGAUCCACCAAAGACAUUCAGUUCACUGACACCCCUUGCAGAUCCUAAAGAACGUAAGAGGCAAAGGGACAGGGAACGGUAUGCGCUGAAAAGGGAUGAAAUUCUAAAGAAGCAACGUGAAGCAUAUCAUCAUAAGAAAGCACAAGCCCAUUUGAAAGAUGCCGAACAACAUCAAACUCAGACAGCAAAGAACUCUAUUCAAUUUCCAGGAAAUAACCGUGCUCGCAAUGCAUCACAUCUUAUUAGCAUGCCAGAAGAGCCAAUACAGCUACGAUGUACCCCUGAUAGCAUCAAGACCGUAACCAUUGAUAAUUGCGCCACUCACACUCCACCACCUAAUAAUUUGACGGGAGAGUUAACAAUCGAGCAAAUUGAAGCUAAACGAGUGAGAGAAUGUGCACGAUAUGCAAAUCUGACACCUGAACAAAAGCAAGCGAUACGUGAUCGUCGAAAGGUUUCCGAGGUAUUGCGACGCAGCACCCUAAGUGAGGAGCAGAUUGAAGCAAGUCGUGAACGUCGGAGGGUGCAUAAUAUGACACCCGAGGAGAAGCAGGCAAAGAGAGAUCGCGAAAAAGCAAGAAGAGAGUUGCGGCGCAACACUUUGAGCCAAGAUUCCAUCGCCAUGCAGAACCCAAAGUAUAUCCCUGAGGUGGUUCCCCUUACUAUGGAUGCAUCUGAUCCUCAUGGAUCCAGAGUCACAAAUGAUUGGUCAAUUCCUCCGGUCCAACCAACGCCUGUUUACAUCCAGUCAGCUUCAGAUCAGAUGCCAGACAUGAAGAAUGCCAAUCAAAUAACGCGCAGACAACGUGUAACACCUGGAGAAAGGAUAGCAUUGCUAGCCCGUCAUAAUGAGCACUUUGCAAGUAGACGGGACAAGAAAGCUUAUGCCUCAAUAGAAGAAAAUCCAACUUUAACUGUAGAAGAUACCAAUGGUUUAGAUCCUCCACCGCAGUCAGGUGUCGUUAACAACGAAAAUACCUCUCUAACCCCUCAAACUACCAACGUCAAGGCGCCAACAACACGUCCACCAAUUAGCGACGAUGGUGAUGAUGAUGGCGUCGUAUUCGAUGAGGACUUUGAAGAGGAGGAGGGCUACAUGUUCGCUGGUCAAGACAGGGAUACCGAUGAUGAGGAUAUCGAAUUUGAUGAAGCUAAAGAUGCCUCAGCUACUACCUCUAGCAUAACCGAUCCGUAUGACCACGUGUAUGACAAUAUACCCCAAGCCACGCACAUGUUGAAGCCUGUUGAAAACUGCAAGCAUUGCAACGCGAAGAAGUUCGAGCAUGAGACAAAUGGGUUCUGCUGCCGUAAUGGAAAGAUUAAACUAUGUACCCCAGAAACACCACCCGAGCUCAUGAGGCUCUGGUCGAGUUCAGACGCUGAUGCUAGGCACUUCCGUGAAAGCAUUAGGUUUUUCAAUGGUCAUUUCUCAUUCACUUCACUAUACUGUAACCUUGACGGUGAGACCACUGACAUGAGAAAAAGUGGUAUUUACACGUUUCGUGCCCACGGCCAAAUGUACCACAACAUACGGUCGUUUGGUAUAGACGAGACCGAACCCAAGCACUUGGAGCUUUACUUCUACGAUGAUGAUCCCAGUCUAGAGCACCGGUAUCGCCGUUGCCGCGAAGAGCAGUACCAGCAAGACAAGGAACUUAUCAGAAAGCUGGUUGACAUACUUCGUGACAACCCGUACUCUGAACAACUCAGGAGUAUGGGACAGGUUGAGGACCUUGAUGACUACCGUGUGACACUGAACCUUGAUCAUAGGUUGGACCAGAGAACAUAUAACAUUCCAGCCACUUCGGAGGUGGCCGCUGUUUGGGUUGAGGGGAGCGAACGCCGAAGGCACUUUGAGAAUAGCGUUAUCCUACAAGGGAAGAACAAGCAAAUAUAUGGCAUCCGAUCGUAUCAUGGAUGCUAUGAUGCUCUGUCAUACCCUCUCUUUUUCCCUAGAGGUGAACUCGGCUGGCAUCCCGAUAUCCCAAAGGUCGGUGUGUCCAUCAAUGCGGUGACCGCGGCUCGUGCGGCUCGUAUGGCUCGUGGUAAUAAUCAUGAGGACCCAGAUUCUAAUGGUAGGCUAUGCGUGUCCGUGCGGGAUUACUACUGCUACAAAUUCCAGAUACGGCCAGGGAUAUUCAACCCAAUACUGUUUGGCAAGCGACUUUUUCAGCAGUUCGCGGUCGACACAUACAUCAAGAUCGAAAGCUCGCGGCUGGACUACAUAUGGGCUCAUCAGAAGGAGUUAAGGGCGGACCUGUACCAAGGCUUGGUGGACAGCGUGCAUGCCGGGGAGGGUAGAGCGGACGCGGUUGGAAAACGGACCGUGCUGGCUACAUCAUUUAUCGGUGGACCUCGGGAUAAGAGGCGUCGAUACAUGGAUGCUAUGGCUUUAGUGCGAAAGUAUGGGAAGCCGGAUGUCUUCCUCACAAUGACAUGCAAUCCAAACUGGGAUGAGAUCACACGCGAGCUCUACCCUAGCCAAAUACCCCAGGAUCGUCCGGAUCUCGUCGUGCGUGUUUUCAGGGCGAAGCUAGAGGAACUAAAAAAGCAGUUGCUUGAUAAGCACAUGCUUGGCAAGGUGAAGGCCUACGUCUAUGUGGUUGAGUUCCAAAAGAGGGGUCUACCGCAUGCCCACUUCCUGCUCAUCAUGAAGGGGCGGUACAAGCUCACAUGUCCAGAGCAGUAUGAUUGUAUCAUCUCUGCCGAGCUCCCGGACAAGCGUAACUACCCAGAGCUAUACAAGAUGGUUGUCAAGCAUAUGAUGCAUGGCCCUUGCGGUGUGCUGAACCGUGAUUGCCCGUGCACGAAGGACCGUCCGUCAUGCAAGAAUCAUUACCCGCGGUCUUUCAACGCGACUACCUUACAAGGAAAGGACUCCUACCCGGUGUAUAGGAGACGUGAUGAUGGCCGGCAUGCAAUGGUUCGAAAACACGAGCUAGACAAUAGGUGGGUUGUCCCAUACAACCCUUACCUCCUACGGCUGUUCAACUGUCACAUCAAUGUUGAGGUAUGCUCGAGCAUAAAGGCCGUUAAAUACCUAUUCAAGUACAUAUACAAGGGCCAUGACCGGGCGUCUGUGUCUGUGAACGAGGCUGACAGGAACGGCAACAUCGAUGAGAUCAGGCAGUAUAGGGACGCGAGAUGGGUGACCCCCCCGGAAGCCUUGUGGAGGAUAUACGGCUUUGACCUGAGCAAGAACUCACCACCUGUGAUGCAACUACAACUUCAUCUCCCGAAUAUGCACAUGGUUUCGUUUCAAGAGGGCCAAGAUAUCCAAGAAGUGCUCAAUCGGGAAGAUGCUGAGAAGUCAAUGCUAACAGAGUAUUUCGAGGCGAACAGAGUACAUGACCAUGCUCGGGGUAUCUUGUAUCGGGAUUUUCCCGAGUGGUAUACUUGGCAGAAAGGUAAAAAUAAAAAUUUCUGGCAACGAAGGAGACGAGAAGGUGGACAGGUUGGUAGAAUCGUGUCAGCUCAUCCAGCCGAGGGGGAACGCUACUACCUACGGGUUCUCCUAAACCACGUGACUGGUGCCACCUCCUUUGCUAAUCUAAGGAUGGUUGACGGUGAGAUCCUACCUACCUUUCGUGAAGCCGCAGAGAGAAGGGGCCUGAUUGAGGCAGACAACACAUUGGACGAGUGUCUUACGGAAGCCGAGUUGUUCCACAUGCCACCAUCUCUCCGAAGGCUCUUUGCAACAAUAUUGGUAUUCUGUGAGCCCAGCGACGUGCGUGGACUCUAGAACAAGCACCGGGAGGCAAUGUCGGAAGACUAUCAUCGCAUCAAUCCAUGCACACUCGCUGUCCAACAAAUGGUUUUAAUAGAUAUUAGAAACAUGCUACAAUCAAUGGGUAAAGAUAUACGGUCGUUCCCUCUCCCUGAGAUUGACGAGGCACAUGACACGGCAAAUGGUGUG